AUUUUGACUCAGAUAAGCUUAGUUUCAAUCAACAAUCAUAUCGUAUGACGAACGAAUAUAGAGAAGAAAAUACCCCUGAUCACAUUGAGUUAAUAGAACCUAGCAUCAAUAUCAGUAAUGGUAGCAAUUCAAAAGUUUAUAAUAAUACUAACCAUAUAGAAAUCUCGGGUUUUAUAUCAGUGAGUGCAACAAUCUUCCAAGGAACUUCAGUUGAUUCAUAUAUUCAAAUUAAACAAUUGUACACUUUAAUUAAUGAGAAAAAAGAUGAAAUUAAUAAAAUGCUUGACUCUAAAUCGGUUUAUGCUAUAGGACCCUACUUUCAAAGUGGCUACUCUGUGUUAAGCAUUGCCUGCUAUGUCACAAAGCCUCUUAACAAAUUUUUGAUCAAUGAGCUUUUAAAUUUGUUCGAUAAUAUGUAUGAAAUAAUAGAAAUCAAUAAUGAAGGUAUAAAUAACGAAGCUAUAAUUCAAGAUAAAGUCCCAAGCGAUGGCGAAGAUAGAAGUAAUAGCGAGAAUAGUAGUGUUAAGAAUGAUCAAUUUAUUCAAGUCGUAUCUACAGCAAAAGCCAAAGAAGAUGAAGAUUUUCAGAGUUUUGAAAUCAAUGCUCUUUGUCAAGUGUAA